AUGCCGCGCCAGCCGAUCGACGAGCGUCACUGCCAGCUCUUUGGCUGGGUCUCGAUCGUGACGCAGCUUGCGAUGGGCGUCGUCGUGAUCGCUGCGUUGCUGUAUAAGCGGCAUCGCGAGCGCCCGCGUCGUGCGUGGCAGAUUUGGAUGCUCGAUGUGUCGAAGCAGCUGACGGGUCAGCUGUUUGUGCACGUCCUGAAUGUGACGCUGAGUGCGGUCGGCGUGCAGGACGGCAACAACCCAUGCUCACUGUACUUUUUGAAUAUCUUGCUCGAUACCACGCUGGGCAUCGGGAUCCUGUAUGGCCUCCUGCAUGCGCUGUUCUUUACGUGCCAGCACGUACUUGGGUGGUCCGGCUUCGUGUCGGGCGAGUACUCGGCUCCGAUGCGGUAUGGCCGCAUCGCGAGCAUGCUCGAGUGCUGGGUCCGACAGACGGCUGUCUACGUGCUGGCCCUCGUGCUGAUGAAGCUCAUCGUGCUGGGCUUGCUCUACAUGAUGCCGUUCCUCACGCUCUUUGGCAGCUGGCUUCUCGGCCUCUUUCAGACGCACCGCGCAAUGCAGGUCAUCUUUGUGAUGGCGCUGUUUCCUAUGGCCAUGAACAUGCUCCAGUUCUGGAUCGUCGACUCGAUGCUGCUGUACCAGCGGCCGCCCCCUGGCUACGAGCCUGCACCGCCUGUGGAGACAGCGCGGCCCUAG